GUUAAAUUGCAAAAACAAGAGAUACUAGGUUUAGAAUUAGUUGGGGUUCAUUUAGUAAUGGUGGUCCUUGCAAUACCCAGAUACAACACAAAAUAGUACACCGCGCCAAUUGGGAGAACCCUAUUUUGGGAGGCCCAAGUAAUUCUCUUAGUCUUGCGCCAGAAUACUCAGAAAAGCCGAAACAUUAAGAAUUCUGGCGGCAUUUCUUUCGGCUCCCGUCCAAGUUCGGGAUUUUGGCUCGAAAUCUUGGAGAUUCUCUCGAAAUCUUAGGCACUCAAUAAUAUUUGAGAGGGCAAUGCUGUCGACUGGUGCAGUAGAAAUAGGGAGGGAUCUGAUGGAAAAUGAGAAGGAAAACAAGGUUUACGUUCACUACACCCACACUCACCCCACCAAAUUCUCUAGGUGGACUGCGAGGGAAAGUCACCAAUUUAUGUAUAAAAGGCCCUGGCAACAAGUUCUUGAUUUUUACUCAAAUGUGGUGACCGGGCGCUGCUCAUUGUUGGGAUUGCUUGGAAUUGAGACACAUCCUAUUCAUGAUGGUGAAAUUGUAGAGGCUUCUGAUAAAACUGAAUUUGGUAAUGUUCUGACUAAAGAUAGGGGUGGGAGGUGGGCAAGAUUGACAUUUAAGAUUGUUCUUUCGUAUCAUGGUGCCUCUUUUGAUGGGUGGCAGAAGCAGCCUGGCUUGAACACUGUUCAAGGUUUAGUAGAAGCAUCACUUGGGAGAUUUGUUGAUGAGAGAAAGGCACAACAGCUGAAAGAGAAGAAUUUACCUGUAGAAGGCAUGGUUACUGUUGCUGGACGCACAGACAAGGGAGUGACAGCUCUUCAACAAGUGUGCUCUUUCUAUACUUGGAAGAAGGAUGUUAAAGUUCAAGAUAUUGAAGAUGCCAUCAAUGGUGCAGCACCAGGAAAGCUCAGGGUUAUAUCUGUUUCUGAGGUAUCACGUAUAUUCCAUCCUAAUUUCUCUGCCAAGUGGAGGCAUUAUUUUUAUAUUUUCCCUUUGAAUGAUGGGGAUGAUGGGGAGCAAAUUAGUGAGAAUGAGAUGGAUAUUCAGAAAAUCAUUUUUAAUGAAAAGUAUGGUGAGCAGGGAAGUGAAUGUCCUACUCAAUACAAUGGUGGGGAGAAUACGGAGAACUUAAUAUUUGAUGAUGAUGGUGAGUUUGAAAGCAGAAAGAAACCAAGUACGUUCAGCAUAAGCAGAGUCGACCAACUUUUGCGACAAUUAGAAGGAAAGUUAUUAUCCUACAAAAUAUUUGCACGGGAUACAAAAGCUUCAAGAAACAUAGGUCCACCAACAGAAUGUUUUGUCUUCCAUGCUCGAGCCACAGAAGCCAGAUUACAAUUUUCUGAUGAUGGAGAAGGAACAAAAGUUAUGUGUAUUGAGCUGGUUGCUAAUCGCUUCUUACGCAAGAUGGUUCGGGUGCUUGUGGCAACAUCAAUAAGGGAAGCAGCUGCAGGUGCAGAGCAGGAUGCAUUGCUUAAGCUGAUGGAUGCUACAUGCAGGCGAGCCACGGCUCCUCCAGCCCCCCCUAAUGGCCUUUGUCUCAUUGACGUUGGAUUUACUGAAUUUGAUCCACAAAUUUGCUUCAUCCGAUAAGGGUAAUCUAUUAAGGUGAAUCUAUCAUCAUAAACAGAUGAUGACUUUACAUUUCAAAAAGGAAUAGCUCGUAAUUGGGUGCCUGUACACAUGAUAUAUGAAUAAUGAGUUUAGAAUGCUUAUGAUUCAACAAGAACUAUUGGACUGGACAGCAAUGAAGCCGCUGGAUUGUCAUUUUUAUGUUGGAAGAUGUUGUAUGUAACUUAGUCUGCAUUUAGAAGGAAAAGAUUGCAGAUA